AUGGAUAACUACAACUUGUCAUUUUCAGAUAGUUGGUCCGUUGAGAAUGAUGUUCUUAGUGGGGAGGCCGUCUCCCAUAAUUUUCGUGACUUUACACCCGAAUUCACAACUCACCAGAUUUUUCAAAGUAGAGACAACAUGGUAGCUUGGGUGCGAAGAGUCGGUAAAGACAAUGGUAUUGUUAUUGUUAUUAAGAAAUCUGCUAGUUUAAUUGGUGGCAAGCUGCCAAAGUGCAUUCUUAGUUGUGAAAGAAGUGGAAAGUAUAGAUCGGCAUGGAAUGCAGUUGAAGGGCAAUCCUCGCAAAAGAAUGCUGGGACAAAAAAAUGCGAGUGCCCAUUUGAGCUGCGAGGUAUACCAAUACCUCCAGCGGGUGUCAUGUGGGGUGUAAGGGUUGAAUGUGGUAUCCAUAACCAUGAAACAACAGAAUAUUUUGAUGGGCAUGAGUACCCGUCAAGGUUAACACCAGAGGAGAAAGAAAUUGUGUGCGACAUGGCGGACAACACAGCACCUCGUGAAAUUCUUAGUGUUUUAAAGAAAAAAAAUCCGUUAAACACUACAUGUGCCCAAAGCAUAUACAACCUCAAAUAUACGGAUAACAUAGCAGAACUAGACGGUUUAAAUCCUACCCAGUUUGUCUUGAAUCAACUAAUACAUAAAAGAUACCUCCAUGAAUAUCGUACAAAUCCAUACACCAACGAAAUCACUGAUAUUGUUUGGGUUCAUCCUCAAAGCCUAGACUUAUUUGUGAACUUUCCGUCCGUAUUGGUCAUUGAUGCCACAUACAAGACCAAUGAGUACCGGUUACCACUAUUGGAGGUUGUAGGUAUCACAUCCACAAUGUGCACUUACUCUCUCAUGUUUGCACAUCUUACAAAUGAGAGGAUAGAGAACUUGACUUGGGCCCUGAGUACCUUAAAUAAAUGGAUGCUUGGAAGGGGGGCAUUGUUGCCAUCGGUGUUUGUUACAGAUCGAGAUUUGGCGCUUCUUAGCGCCAUUGAAGCAUGUUUUCCCUCGGCACGUCACAUUCUUUGCAUUUGGCACAUCAACCAAUGCAUAAUAAAGCACUGCAGAGGGGUCCUUGGUCCGUCGUUUAACGACUUUAACAUGUCAUGGCAUUCGCUUAUUAAUUCUACGACCGAAGCGUCUUUCAAUCAGAAGUGGAAUGCCAUGUGCGAUGACUAUAAACAACACCCGCAGCUCUUACAAUACCUUUUCAAUACAUGGUUAAUGCCGUACAAAGAUAGGUUUGUGGCAGCAUGGAUAAAUACGUGUAUGCACCUCGGAAGCAAUUCAAGUCAGAGGGCAGAGCCCGCACAUGCGAGGCUGAAGCUAUAUUUGGGGGGUACUAUGUCAUCCUUACAACAAGCUUUUAAAAAAAUAGACAAGAUGUUGAAAAAUCAGUUCGGGGACAUUCGGAGGUCAUUUCAAAGAUCUAUCAACAUCCCCCGCCAUUGGCAAAUACAUGACGAACUUUUUCAACAAGUAAGAACUCGCAUUUCAUUAGAGGCAAUGGAGCUCAUCAAUGUUCAACUACAAUGCGCUGAAGAUGCAUCCUACCUCCAGUUCCAGUUGUGCGACUGUACAAUAAAAAUUACGCACGGAUUGCCAUGCAGACAUGAUCUUGCAUAUUAUCGUUGGUACUCCAUGCCAAUUCCGAUUCAGAGUAUCCACGAUCAUUAG